CAUCACUUCCCUUAGAAGGUGUAGUUGCCAGAACACCAGCGUGGUUGGAUUACUGAUGCUCCCUGUGACCCGGAUGUGAAACAGUUCUCUCACCCCUUAAACCUUUAGAAGCCGCUGGGCCCUGCGAAGAGUCAUCAUGUUUAAAAAAUUUGAUGAGAAAGAAAAUGUUUCCAACUGCAUUCAGUUAAAGACAUCUGUGAUAAAAGGCAUAAAAAAUCAGCUGAAUGAACAGUUUCCUGGGAUAGAUCAAUGGCUUAACCAGAUAAUGCCGAAAAAGGACCCAGUUAAGAUUGUAAGAUGCCAUGAACAUAUAGAAAUAUUAACAGUAAAUGGAGAGCUGCUAUUCUUCAGGCAAAGGGAGGGACCAUUCUAUCCAACACUGAGAUUACUACACAAAUUUCCCUUUAUUCUUCCACAUCAACAAGUUGAUAAAGGAGCAAUUAAAUUUGUUCUCAGCGGAGCAAACAUUAUGUGCCCGGGCCUCACAUCUCCUGGAGCCAAGCUUUACACUGCAGCAGCUGAUAAGGUUGUUGCUAUAAUGGCAGAAGGAAAGCAGCAUGCCCUGUGUGUUGGAGUUAUGAAGAUGUCUGCAGAUGAUAUUACAAAAGUCAAUAAAGGAAUCGGCAUUGAAAAUAUUCACUAUUUAAAUGAUGGCUUGUGGCACAUGAAGACUUACAAGUGAAGCUCUUGGAACAAAUGCAGAUUGCUUGAAAAAAAUGUUUUUAUGGAUGUUAUUGAAUGUAAAACACAUUUUGUGCUGUAAUUCUGCUUAAUAAAAUAAGUAU